ACCUUUGUUUAGUUAAAAAAUCCAGUGUCUCAAAAGUCAGAAGCAAAAGAAUGCUUUGUGUUUGAGAAGUAAGGUGAAGCCUGAACUAGGCAAAGACAAAGUUGAUGACAUUGGAUUGGAGACAUCAUGGGUUGGAUUUGGAGAGUCCUUAUAUAAACCCAUCAUUGUCCAAACUCACUACCACACCUCAUUCUUUUCGGUAGUACUGAAGUAGCUGUUCUACUCACACACACAUAUAUAUACAGGGAAUUCCAUUCUCACUAUUGAUAUAUUAUGGAUUGAAGGAUGCCAAUUGCCACCUCAGUAACCUAGGGUAAAGCUUUGCCCCAUUGUCCACCACCGUCUCUCGAGGGUUUGGGUUCAAAUGAUAAGAUUUUUCUUCUUGUCCGAAAAGUUGAUGCAAUGGCUAGCAGUGGCAGUAGCAGUAGCAACUCAGGUCCUCUAUCUGUCUCCCAACAAGAUGGAGGUAAGAACAAAAGAAAGCUUGUCGAUCAUUCUCCACAGGAUCCACUUAGCCACCCUUCUUCUUGGACUGAAUUUCCUCGGUACGAGUCAUCCUCGGAAAAAUCUCAGAACCCUCGAACUGACCUUAGACAUUUAGAGGUGGGGUCAUCUCAGCAUGAUGAUUGGGAUGAUCCUCUUGCAUGCCAACUUGAAGGACUGCUGUUGUCUGCUAUACACACCAUUUACCAAAAUGCUAUUACGCUGCUGGUUAGAAGAGGAUAUGAUGAGGAUAUUGCUCAGAAGGCCAUUUCAAGGCUAGGCUUUUACCAUGGGGGUACAGACAUAGUGGAAAACGUCGUUAACGAGGUCGUUUCCUUCUUGAAGAAUGGGAAGGACAAUUCAAGAGAUAUUGUGUUUGAGAAUUUGCAACAGAUGGUGGUGUACACCCUGCUAGAGUUGGUUAAUGUGCUUAGGCAAGUCAAGCCAUCGUUAUCCACAGGAAAAGUGAUGUGGUGGUUGCUAAUAGGUGAUAUGAACAUUUCACAGGCAUGUGAGAUGGAAGAAGAUCUACUGGGUGAGUUUAGUGGUAAAGAAAUCUCAGGAGAGAGCUCUUCUAAUUCUCUUACAUUGAGCUCAAAGUCCCCAAGCUCUGAACUUCUCCUGAAUACCAAUAAGCCAAACAUAGCAAGUUCUACUUUCACUCAGGAUCACAGUUCUACGCAUGAAACAUUAAAAUUUGGAAGUUUCCCAAACUCGCCUAACCUCAAUAGUCCUCGUACGCCAGAAAAAGAGAGUAUGCUUUCUAUUACAGGCACCUCUCAGAAAUCCUUGAGUGUCCAGCAUACGUCCCAAGCAUUUUCCUUUGAAGAAAAUUUGAAGACGGGGAGUAAAUCAUUCAACAAGAAAGAACUCGCAACUUUGCAGAAAACCUUGAGUGCAGGGAGGGCUCUAAGGAAUCACGGUAAGUCAAUUUCUCAAUCAGGAAAGAUCACUAAUCUCGGUGGUCUUAAUUUGGAAAAGAGAUUGAAGUCUCCAUCCAAAUCGCAUGGUGUGCAAACAAAAGGUUCUGCUCCAAAGAUGAAAGCCAAAGUGGGAGCUUCUACGAUUGGUGGAAGUUGUCAGGUUACUGGCAAUGCUCCAUCCAUUGUAUCUACUGCAAAUGACGCUUCAAAAGUUCAAACGAAGGAGCCAAUAUCUGCAUUAGCUACAGAAACUACAGAACAUGUGGUUUCUGGAAAGAAGCCUGUGUCAAAGCUUGAAGCAAAUGCUACCGUGUUUCCUAAGAUAUCUGAUUAUUGUGCUGGAAUACCAUAUGAUAAGUCUUUGGGAAAAUAUGUUCCGCAAGAUGAGAAAGAUGAAUUGAUCUUAAAGCUAGUUCCUCAAGUGCAGGCACUACAGAAUAAUGUACAGGGUUGGACUGAUUGGGCUAAUCAAAAAGUUAUGCAGGCUACUCGCAGGCUCGGCAAAGACAAACUUGAAAUGAAGGCACUAAAACAGGAGAAAGAAGAGGCAGAGCAAUUCAAAAAGGAGAAGAAAGUCUUCGAGGAGAAUGCCAUGAAGAGGUUAUCAGAGAUGGAGUUUGCCUUGGGUAAAGCUACCGGUCAGGUCAAGGCAUCUAACUCUACAAUUCAAAAUCUUGAAGGGAAGCGUUCUGAGCUAAAGAAGGAGAUGGAGAUUCAAAAACUGCGAGCUGUACAAACCGCUAGGAGUUGUCAGGAAGCAUUUGAGAGAGAGCUAAAGGCGAUAAAGAAUAUUCAAUCAAUGAAUAAGCAGAAGAGGUUAUUGGAGGAUGAGCUAAAGACUCAUAAACAGAAGGUGGUCGAACUGCAACAGGAAAAAUGCAAGGCAGAAAAGGUGCAGAACCAAAUUGAGAAUUUUCAGGGAAAAUGGAACCAAGAGAGAGCAUUGAAGGAAGCUUUGCUCGCACAGUUUGCCUCCAUAAAAUACGAACAAGACAAAGUUGAAGCUGCAAGAAAAGCAGAGGAAGAUAUGAUCAGACAAAGAGCAGAAAAUGAUGCGAAGAAGUAUAAGGAGGACGUUGCAAAGCUUGAGAAACAAGUAUCUGAAAUAAAAUUAAAGUCUGAUGCUUCAAGAAUAGCUGCUCUGAAAAGGGGCAUGGAAGGAAGCCAAGACUCUGAUAUGGUAAAAAUGGCAGAGAAUUUCCAAGAAACAUUUGGAACUAAAGGCUUAAAAAGAGAGAGGGAGUGUGUGAUGUGCUUGUCAGAGGAGAAGUCAGUGGUUUUUCUGCCAUGUGCACAUCAGGUCCUUUGCAUGGAGUGUAAUGAACUUCAUCAGAAAGAAGGAAUGGAGGACUGCCCUUCUUGCAGGACUCCUAUCCAUUGCAGGAUUCCAGCUCGCUUUGCUCAUCAAUGAGCUGCCCCGUAUAACUUUGGUUGCAGGAAGUGAUGUUUUAAAUGGAUCAGUGAACUUAAUUUCUCAAAAUCAUUUUGUUUUGUUCUGAGUUAUAGAUAGUAAUGAAAAGAAAAGGAACUGAGAGAAUAACGCAAAGAUAAACAGAAGAAAGACAAACAAUCAUGUAGCCUUUAUGUUAUCUUGUAAUUAUGGUUAUAAUAUUUGCACUUUACACC